GUUCUUCCCGGUUAUAAGCUUCGAUGUCGUAUCUGUGAUCAAUGUUAUCUGACUAUACUAACACGUGUAGACGAUCUUCGACAGCAUCUUUGUAAAGAGCAUAAAGAAGCAUUUGAAGAGCUGUUUUUAAAAUACUUUUUGCGAGAUUAUGCAUACCUUCAUUAUAAUUGGGCAACGGGAAAACGUGAUUAUGUGAGCGCAACGGCGUUUCUUACCAAAUAUGAAUGUCUUUUUUUGCAUUAUGAAAUUUUUUAUUAUAAUCUUUCAAAGAUUGAUUCUUCUUGGUCGAUUCAAUGCUUGAUGAUGGCCGCCCACUUACUUCGUAUGAAACUUUAUUCACCGCCGUUAACGACGAUUAUUGAGGAGAACACUUGCAAUAAUCAUAAUCAAUAA